CAAUGCCCAUCUGUCUUUCUCGUCCAAAGUGUGUUAUAUAAAGUAUCGAGACCCCUCCAGUGUUGGUGUGGCGCAACAUCUCACCAAUACUGUUUUUGUUGACAGAGCUUUGAUAGUAGUGCCAUGUGCGGAAGAUGACUAGACUGGCCCAGCUGUUACACUACACUAGCCUGAGUCAGGCAUUGUUUUCCAAGCCACUAUCCCCGAUCGGGCCAACGCAGCCUUCAAGGGGGAAUGUGACCAGGAGAAUAGCCUGCUGAACCUUCCAAGAUGGACACCUUGUCUCUUUUUAUUUAUUUUUCUUUUCUUUUGGUUUGUUUCCUUUCAUACUUUCCCAUGUUGUCCACUUUCUACUGUCUCUAUCUAGAAACUACAGUAUUGCUUAUCUCUAGCGUUGUGUUUAUAUUUGUUAUUUUGGUUUGUUGUUUUGAUUAUUGUCCAACCCCCACCCCCCCUCUCUCUUUCUGCUACAGCUGCAGCUUGUGUGUGAUUGAAUUCUGUCCAGGUUGCUACGGCAUACCGGUGGGAUGUGUAUCACACAUGGGAUGCUAGGAGGAUCACUAACACUUUACUCUCUUGUCACCUACUCCUGUUGACAUAGGGAGGGGCUAGACAUUAAAAAAGUGAGACCCAGUAAUAAAAACUAUAUCUCAUUUGAACAUAGAAUUUUUUAUAUUCUAUUUGCACUUUUCAUCUGUGAUGAAAUCUGUAGUACAGGGCAACAUCUACGAGUUUCCCCUCACAUUACAGGCCUGAAAUGGAUGUUCAGUAUUUAAAAAUACACAAACAUUCUCCAUUCAACAUUAUUCUCUCUUUUUAACGUGGAAAUUCGUUACACAUGCAUUAAUUCUUUGCGUCGUUAUUUGUUUUGAGAUAUAUUGCCUAGCACUAGAAGAGUUUUCCGUGUUAGACCAAUGGUAAUUCAUGCUCAGUGCCUCCAGCUGUAAUGAACUGAAUUUGUAGUUAUUUUGCCUUUGAUCAGUCUUAACGUAGCCCCCUUCUGCAGCAAUAGAAGCAGCAGAUUUUAAUCCAGUGUGGAAUCAGCUAAAUUUCUAAUUGGUUGUUUUUUUUUUGUAGCUAAGUCUUGGCUAACAUUUCCUACAGUUCUUAAAAUUGUUGUUCUUCUCUGUAUCUGAUGUCCUGUGUGCUAUUAGUGAUGCAGCCAUUGGGGUUGUCUUGUGUUGCACACCUUUCCAACACUGCGAAACGAUCGCCCCACGGAAAAGCGCCCAUGCUUGAUAUCGUAUGGUUCAUGACCAAUAUGUUUCCAGUACAGGGAAAAUCCCAGAGGAGGCCAAGGCAUUGUCACUUUUGGCACCUGCCACCCCAGUGCCCAGUCUGAUUCCUGGUGGGGGGCUGCUACCAAUCCCUACUCCAGCUCCGCUCCAGAAUCUGAACCUUCCCAUAGUGAAUCGUUUGUCAGCUAGUCUGGACUCCGCAGCGUCAGUGCAGGCUCAGCCCCCCCUCAUGGGAAAUGUGGAUCCCUCAAAGAUUGAUGAGAUCCGGAGGACCGUCUAUGUUGGCAACUUGAACUCACAGAUCACCACCGCAGAUCAGCUGUUGGAGUUUUUUAAGCAGGUGGGAGACGUAAAGUUUGUGCGAAUGGCUGGAGAUGAGACUCAGCCGACACGUUUCGCCUUCGUGGAGUUUGUUGAGCAGGAAUCUGUCGCCAGAGCCCUGACCUUCAACGGAGUCAUGUUUGGAGACAGACCCCUGAAGGUUAAUCAUUCCAACAACGCCAUCGUAAAACCGCCAGAGAUGACGCCACAGGCUGCUGCUAAGGAGCUUGAAAGUGUGAUGAAGAGGGUGAGGGAAGCCCAGUCAACCAUUGCUGCUGCUAUAGAGCCAGCGGACAUACAGAAGCGUUCCUCCAGCCGGUCCACAAGGGCACGCCGGUCCCGUUCGCGGUCACGCUCUCGUUCACACUCAAGAAUGCACAGGAAAAGGUCCCGUUCGAAACACAGAGCGCCACAGAGGUCGUGGCCAAGGAGUGUCCCCCACAGUUCCCGAAGAGACCACAAGAGGCUCUCUCACUCCAGAGACAGGAGACACAGUCGUAGUCGCUCAAGGGGCCACAGGAGGAGGAGUAAGGAUCGUUCCAGGAGCCCUCGGAUGAAAGCCAGAUCACCCUCGCCAAAAAGAGGUAAGAAAGAAAAGAGGAGGGAGCGCAGCAGGGACAGAAAGGACCGCUCCACAUCCAGGAAGAGGAGCCGCAAAGACGAGGACAGGAUAAAGAGCAAGGCCAAGCCAUUGAAGGUGCAAAGGGACUAUGACAGAGAAGAAAAGGAAGACUUUGAAAGUGACAGAGAAGACUCAGCCACACUAAGCGAGGACAUAACGUCGUCACCCUGCGCCCAGCACAACGGCAGCUAUAAGACUCACAGUGAGGAGGAUGCAUCUUUGUGUGCAGACAACACCAAGUGACAACUACAACACCACAGAAACUAAUCUUGUACCAUCAAAUGAGCUCAUCGCGUGCGUACGCAAACAUGAACACUGGCAACACCGUGUUUCCCCUAUUUCAUCUCAAAAAGUUUUACAAACUGAUUUUCACUGUACAAUCUUGGCAAAACACCAAGAUGAAGAAUUUGGGACUUGUAGUGGUUGCAUAUUAUAUAAUGUAAUAUAAGUGCAACACUAAAUACUGCAGGCUCACAAGCUACUAUAAACAACUGGUACUUGUUUCUCUAGCAAUCUGAAGCCAGAUUUUAAUUGCCUGAUUACAAUGAUUUUACCUGUUGAAAAAGAGCAACAUUUUCUCUCCAUUCCUCCACUGACAUCUUGACCCAUACACUUCAAAAGUCCAAAAAGCCUUUCAUGCCUCUAAGAUUAUCAGUAGUUCUCAUACUGUAUGUACAUCAUUUCCUUAAAAAACGUUUCUGUCCUGAUAUUGCAAAGAGCAAUAUGCACUAACGAUCUACGUUAAUGGUAAUAAAAUUUUGUAUCUUACAUUAUGCCUCAUUUACUUGUGAGAUUCAGCAGUAGAGGUUUUAAAAUGUUGACAUUCGCCUUUAUUGCCACGUUGGUUUAAUCUGCUCAGUACGUGCACUAAAGCAUGCUCCUAAAGACGCAAAUAACACACAAAAGAGGCUUGGAGUGGCUGCUACUGAGGGUCUUGACACACUUCCUCAGGCAGCAAAGUAUUUUACAUUCUAGGAGAAUGACGGCUCUAUAUCCUUAUUAUUCUACAAUGUUCAUCUAAAUCUGGUUUGAACUGACUGUUGACGAUUAAGUAACUUCAGCUUUUACAUCCUGUAAUUCCGUCCUGUUAAAGUGUCGUAAAGGCCCCCAAUUGAAUUGUCAGUCCCUCAUAAGGCUUUUAAUUUAUCAUAUAGCCAGUUUAAAGGGAGAGCAGUACUGUGGUGAGCAGGUAGCACAGAGUUGGUUGAUGGUGUAUUUUGCAUCAGUUGCAUUUUGGUCAAUACAAAAACAAAAAUAACCUACUGGAUGUAAUGAUUGUGGUAUAAUCCAGGCCAGUAUCAUGUUAGGUGUGGUAUCUGUUUUUAGCAUUUGCUGCUCAGUAGCACACCAAAAAGCUAAAGGAGUACGCAUCAAAACAAGGUUCUUACCAGUUUACCUGUUAACACUGACAAUGUUUGAUUAGCCAGCUGUUUAGUUCUUCGACAUGUCCUUUAAUGUGUCCUUAUUGACACCUCCUGGGGUAGAAGAAACGCCCCUCUCGGACUGUGGUCUCAUGGGGUGUAACUGUUUUGCUGCACUGGUUUUGGUGUGGCUCGUGCUGUGACAGCAACUUCCCGUACUCUGUUUACUUUGCAUAUUUAAUACAUGUUUCUUGAUCAAAUAAUUUAAAUGCAAGAACAUGAGUGUGUAUAUUUUAUUUUAUUUUAUUUUUUUUAAAGGCACUCUGCUGAUGCUAAAAUGCUCGUUGUGCGGUGUUAAAGCACGAUUUGAACUACCAGGUCUGUGCAGUGUUCUUUUAUUCCCUGCUCUGUGCCAUUUUUCUCCAUCAUCUUGGAACUGGAGAGUCCUGCAAAAUGUACGGUGUUGAUUUUGGGACUUAUAGUGCUGUAAUCAUGAGAAUGCAGAAUCGCGUUCUGCUGUUUCUGUGAACCUCUUGCUUAUAUAUUUUAGUAAAAAGAUAAGUUUCUCAACAGGAAUACAUUGUUUUUCUCCUGUUUUUGUUUUAUGGGUGUACACUUACUUCCUUUAAAAAAAAAAAAAAAAAAAAAAAAAACAAUUGCGAGUAGUCUCCACAAGAUCACAAUGUAUCGUGUUUCUUUUACUGUUAUAGUAACGCUGUCAGAUAGAAACUAUCUACUGUUUUCAUACAUAUGACACAGGCCUAUACUGUAAAAAUGAUGGCGGUGUGCAAAAUGUCUGCUGGGUCAUAUUGCUCAAGAAAGGGAGAUGCAAACAAAGCUGGAGGUGGCAGUCUUCACGAGGCUGACACAAGACAUCACUUGCAAACAAACUGCUUGCAAGCACAGAAGGGUCAAAAAGUGCCUAGACUAAGAUUGUACAGAAUAUUCUAAUAAAAUAUUGAGACUUAUUGACAGAUGCAACCUGAAUUUGAUGUUCAGGGUGUUUAAUAGAUAAAAAUAAAGAGAUGUUAUAAAAAAAGUAUUGUCAGUUGUCUUUAGUAAUUAAUAGCAGAGUAGGCUGAACAUUGAUGGGACUUUUGUGGAUUUGUUUUUUUAUUUUUGGUGUUGCAGUAUUGUAAUUGUGUUGAAAAUGUAUCUGCAAACUGGCCCCAGAUCAAGCUCAGUGUUUUUUUAAGUUCCUAUAAAAGUUUGUUUUAUUAAAAAAAAAAAAAAAGUAGACUUAAAGACGUUACGACUGUCCAAAUCCUGCUAUGGCUUUUACAAACCUAAUUUUCAUGUAUUUGUAUUUCUUUUCUUUGUCUUAUUUUAUUUUUUUUUUACGUACACAAGGCUUCAGUUUGAAGUGGAGAACCUGUGAUAGCAUUUAGUAAAGCAUUUCCAACGCAACUGACAGUAUGUGAAUAAUUUUAUUUUUUAUAUCACUGUAUCCACUAUGUAUGGUAUACACUGUAGAAACGAGUCGCGGUUUGCUCCUGGGGGAUUGGGCACUUGCUGUGAAGGUUUGGUAAUACUGUUAUCGAAGAGCUUGGAUGUAUCUCUGUGAUCCUCCUCAAUUUGAUUAUAAAAAUACAUCUGAUCUGUUUCCAACAGCAACCAAUAAAGAGACUUUUCGUUCA